GCUUCUCACAAUCCGACCCGGAAGUUUUUCCCACUUCCGGCAACUUCCAAGGUCUUGCAGAUGUCAAAUGGUUCAGAUUGGCGGUGCAAAGAAGACCUUGACACCGGUGCAACCAACCGUCGACUGGAGGAGAAGAUUCGGAGUUCGAAAGCUUCGAAUUUUUCCGGCGCAUGUUCUGCAAAUUCCGGCGGUUCCGGCGGAAAUCGAUGCUGUAUUAGGCUGAUAAGCCGGAGGAAUCUGUUAAAUUUAUGGUGAGGAGUUAAAAAGCAUCUGUUAUGGUUAUGGUGAUAGAGCUGAAGGAAGCUGAUAAAUUUAUGCUGAGGUCUUCUGUCUUCAACCAACCAGGACUUGUAUUUCAAGCCGCUCUCUUCCUUCUCCAUUUCUACCUGGUUUCAGAUUCGAUUUGCAGCAAAAUAUCUGGGCUACAGUUGUUAAUCUGAUAACAGUCGUUAUCUGGAAAAUUACAUCACUGCCCUUCUCCUUCAAAACCCACUCUCUGCUCCGUCAUCAUCGAUCACAUGGCAUGCCAUUUUGUAAAAUACCUGGCCAUUUCGGGUCAAUUUAUUGUUUCAGCUGGUACAAGCCUGCCUGUCAAUCUUCUAGACCAAGUUGAGCCGCCCCAAGAAUCUUUAUUGUUUCAGUAUCAGACUUUGUUUUUCCUACUAGCAUUAUAUAUAUGCAGUACUCGAUGUUUGCAUAUAAACAAAUAUAUACAGACGUGUAGAUAUAGCGUGUAAGAUCGGCCGGAAUAAUGGGCACAACCGUGGAGGAUGUGGUGAUAGUGGGAGGAGGGAUAGCCGGGCUGGCGACGGCGGUGGCGCUAAAGAGGGCUGGAAUAGAAGCGUUGGUGUUGGAGAGAUCGGAAGGGCUGCGAGCCACCGGUGCAGCCUUGACUCUAUUCCCAAACGCCUGGGUCGCUCUUGAUGCCUUGGGGGUUUCUCAUAAGCUUGCUUCAUAUACCUCCUCUCUCAAGGGAUAUGUAACUGAUGUUGAUACUGGAGAAGUUCAAGAAAUCUCUUUCACCAAAGCCAAUGGUGAUGCAAUUGGACCGAGAUCAGUACACCGUAAAGCCUUGCUCGAGGCUUUGGCAGAUGAAUUACCGGUUCAUUCAAUCCGUUUCUCUUCCAAGAUCUCUGCUAUCGAAACCCAACAACCUGAAGGUUCAUCCAUUGCCAUUGUUCACAUGGAAAAUGGAACUGUCAUUAAAGCAAAGGUUCUCAUAGGUUGUGACGGGGUUCACUCAGUUGUGUCACGCUGGUUAGGACUCUCUGAACCAGUCCUUUCAGGUCGAUCAGCUGUUCGUGGCUUAGCUGUGUAUCCUCAAGGCCAUGGACUCGAGAAGAACGUGCAACAGUAUGUAGGAUCAGGUAGAAGGGCUGGCUUCGUUCCCCUCACCGACAAAGAGAUCUACUGGUUCUUCAGUUGCACAUCUCCGGCUAAAGGGACCUUCCUGGCAGAAUAUCCGGAAGAUAUACAAAAAGAAGUACUUGAGAAUCAUGCCAAGGACCUCCCACCUAUAUUCUCAGAUGUUGUGCAGCAUUCAGAUCUUUCGACAUUAACAUGGGCUCCGCUGAAGUUUAGGUAUCCCUGGAACGUAGUGUUUGGCAACUUAAGCAAGCAAAACAUCACGGUGGCCGGCGAUGCCAUGCACCCCAUGACACCUGACCUAGCACAGGGGGGUUGCUCAUCAUUAGAAGAUGCAGUGAUCUUAGGCAGGCAUAUUGGGACAUCCUUUGUAAAAAAUGGACAAGUACUUGUGCAGAAAGAGAUGAGUGAAGUAUUGGGCAAAUAUGUGGAAGAAAGAAGGUGGCGCGUCGCCUUGUUGAUCACUGGAUCAUAUAUAUCAGGAUGGAUGCAGCAGGCAGGCUCUGGAUGGGGUAUGAAAUUCUUGAGAGACGCCAUAUUUUACAAGUUCCUUUUCCCUAAGAUGGUUAGAUAUGUAUACUAUGACAGUGGAAAACUCGACUUCUAGUACGCAUUUCAUCCGGAAUAAGGAGGCAAAAAAAAGGUUGAUGAUUCUUCUACAGAACGCUGAUCUAGAGUGCAGGCUAUAGAAUAAAUAAGUUGUACGUACCAAGUACAUCUGAUUAGGGAGACCCAAGGAGUUGCAAUGUAGUAAUGUACGCUAGGGAAUGAAUUUUGUCUUUUUAUCUUUGAAUUUCUGUUAAUGUUCGGUUUUUUUCCUUCUCUGUUAAAUGUAAUUUGUAAGGUCUAAUUUUCAAAAAUAAAAUAAAUAAUAAUAAUAAUUUGUAAGGUCUAGGUUUUUUAUCUUUUAGGUCUAGUUUAGAUCUUGAAGUGAUUUUUUUUUUACACUGUGACCCGCACCAAUCGGGCAGUCAAAAAAAGACACUGCUAAAUGCAAUACCACUCCAUCUAUUGAGUGAAGCUCAGGAGGAGUAAACUAAUGAGAAACUGACAAUAAAAUUUUUCAACAUAAUCCAUCAGAAGACUCGUUUACUACCUCAGAUCAAUAAUCUCUGCAGUUCCUCGCGAGUAUUGAUCCCAAUAACAAUAAGAGAUUAGUACCAAAAUGGAGAGCGUCCUAGAUCCCAAAUUUUUAUAGAAAAUCCACCGGGAUCCCAAAUCUGGAACCAAGAGUUGGUAAGCCCAAUUGCUACUGCUCUAAAACACCCAACAAGGCCCAAACUCAAAUCUGGAAAACAAACAAGUGCCCAAGCCUAAUGAGGAGUUCCCCUAGCAGCCAAAUCAACAAACUAUCUGACCUUGCCGUCGUCAAUGCACCAAAGUGACACCACGCCUCCAGCUUGCCGGCGACGAGGGUGCGAACCAGUCAACCUAACUAAGCCAACGUCGAUGCCUCGGAAAUCGGACCACCAAUACGGCAAUCCAGCAACCACCCAUCUACGUCUCUCCAUCACCACUGCAUAUGGGCUUUGCAACCAGACCAACAGUGGACUCCGAUCAGUAAGAAGAUGGCCAUGUCGGGAUUGCUGCCAUCCGACAAGAAAAGACUCGAACAGAGUCUGACCUAACCCAGACAAACACCAAGUCCCCAAACCCCGCCUCUAUGAUCCAAUCGGAUCUGCCAAUGCCUCUGAUGCCUCACCUUCACCUUUGAGCCUCACCCGCUUUGGCCUAGAUGAUCCACCACAAAAUGACGCUCCUAAUGGGGCUGCACAAGAAGAAUAGCCGGUAGGAAACAUGCCACCACGCUUGCCAGCCAUGAUGAUGCAAAUAAUAUCUAUGAUAGAGAAGACCCGGCAAUAGCCAGACAGGAUUUGGACGAAUCCAAGGAAGACGCCGUAGGUGUACUCCAUUCAGGACGGAUAAAGGUAUAGAGAGGCCAAGCCCGAGGGCGGCGCUCUCCCAACCUUAGCAGAGCUCUGCUAGGUUUCAUAGAUACAGAAAAUAUACCUUACGUAUUGGUAGUUAGUCAAGAUGAUCACUAUACCUAGUCGAAGUGAAAUUCUUGGCAAAAGCUAUUCCGUAGCUAUGUUGGAUAGGGAACUGAAUAACUGACAGCAAGGAGGUAAUAGGUUCAAAUAUCAUUAGCAUUACAGAUUGGAUUGGAAUGGGAUACAGAAUAGGAUUGGAUUGAAAUCAGAUUAGAUUGGAUAAGGACUCCGUAACCUUACACUUCGUUUGUUAGAGUGGAUUUUGAAUUGGAAUGGAAUACUUCCUUUUCCUGAAAACCAAAGCAAAAAAAAAAAAAAAAAAAAAAACCACUGAAAAGAGAAAAAGCGUGAGAGAUUGAGAGAGAGCUCAGAAGAAUUGGGAUUGUUUGGGGUUUACAAUUCCAUUAAUGAAAAGAUCAAUUGAAUUGCAGUUGAGGGAGGCUGGAUAUGAAGAACAUGCAAAGGGAGGAAGAACACAGAUGUAAUGGAGGUCGGAGAUGGCCGAAUAUUGCCUGGAGAUUGCCGGAUUUUAGCCGACGAGUUCUUGACUUCUUGCCGGAAACAAAAAUAGCAGAGGUCGAAUUCACCAUCUGCAUAUUGGAGGAGACGCAUCAGAUAUUGGAGAAAUCAGUGGAGAACUACCAGAAAGAAGUAAAUUGAAGAAAAAGAAGAGGAGGAACAUGAUGAGAACUGGAGGAGUUGGAGGCAGAUGUUCAGUUCUGUCGUGGUUGGAAACCAAGAUGUAAAACUUGAGGCGUCCUAGUCAGAUAAAUUAUAUCUUACCUUUCUAACAAGAUUGAUUAUCCAUACCUGACAGGAAUUGAGAAAUCCACCUGAAAACUAUCUGGGCUUCCAAAUUACGGCCGCGUUUGGGAGAGCAGAUAAGAUUGGAUUAGACUAGACUAGAUUGGAUAGGAGAUUAACCAAUCUUGCGUUUGUGUAACAGGAUUGGGAACUGAAUAACUAAAAUAUUUAUAAAAAAAAAAUAAUAAUAAAUAAAAUAU